GAACACUUGAAAUUCAUCAACAAAUAUGUACAGACAGAAAUUCUUUUUAGUUGCGAAAAAGUCACCACGAAGAUGAAGUGGGAACGUCCUGAAAAUAUUGCUUUUCCCCAAGUUUGGGGGCGAUUUAGUGCAAAAGAUCCUGAAUCGGGAGGAAUUGCUAAUUAUAGAAUUGAAGAUCUCACGGAGGAUCGCUACGAUGAAGCUGUGAAUCUAUUGGUUGAAUACCUUUUACCUGAAGAACCAAUGAAUUGUUCCUUAGGUAUAAUGAAUGAUAAGGAAUAUCUGGCUAAAAUGCGAAAUAUGUGGAAUGAAAUUGUGAAUAAAAAACUAGGAAUCGUGUGCUACAAGGAUAAUUCAAAUGAAAUCUGUGGGCUCAACUUGUUGGAGAUAUUUUUCCAAGCUGAAGAUGGAAUUCAACAAAAUCAACUGGAGAAUAAAAGGAAAAUCGCCGUUGUUUUUGAAAUUCUCAAGAAGAAGGCUGAUGUUUACAACCGCUACAAAGUGGAUAAAUAUGUAUUCGGGAGAGGUCUUGUAACUCUGCCUAAGUAUCGAGGAUGUGGAAUAGCAACUGAGCUUCUGAAAGCACGCAUCCCAUUGAUGAAGGCCCUGGGACUGACCCUCACUGGCACUGUAUUUUCUGCUCCUGGAUCUCAAGGGGCGGCUAGAAAAGCUGGCUACACUGAAGACGUAGUUAUGACAUAUGAGUCACUGACAAAGGAAGAACCUUUCAUUGAAUUUCCUAAUAUAACAUGGCCCGUUGUAAAAUUUAUGUGUUAUCAUUUGAAAUAAAAUAAAAGACUGAAGAAGAGGUAAAAUGAAA